AUGGACGACUCACCUGGACAUCCAGGUGAAAAAGGUUCUCCUGGUGAAAUCAAUACCUCUCCAGGAGAUCCGGGUCAGAAAGGAGAGAAAGGUUUACCUGGAAACCCCGGACCUGAAGGUGGGACAGGACGUCCAGGUUGUCCAGGAUUUGUUGGUCCGAAGGGAGAAAGAGGAGAUAACGGAUUCUCAGUCCAGGGUCCUCCAGGCUUCCCAGGGGUCAAAGGAAACAAGGGCCCUCCAGGAGCUCCAGGUUUAACAAGUUUUGGUAUCAAGGGACGGGCCGGCCCGUCAGGCCCCCCAGGGAUGCCGGGCCCCAAGGGGGGCAGCGGUCUGGGUUUCCCAGGCCAGCAGGGUCAGUCAGGGCCCCAGGGAGAAGAUGGCUCUGUUGGGCCCAACGGAAACCCCGGAGACCCAGGACCAGAUGGAGCUCCAGGUCCUCCAGGACAAGACGGACCUCUAGGACCCAAAGGUCGGAGCGGUCUGGACGGGUUACUGGGUCCUGUUGGUUUGGUUGGACCCUGUUUACCUGGAUCUCCUGGACCUGAAGGAGCGGACGGACCAAUGGGAUUCAUCGGUUUUACAGGGAAGCAGGGCCAGAAGGGCUCGCAGGGUGACCCUGGGGGGCAGGGCGUGGGGGCCCCAGGGCCCCAGGGCCCUCACGGGGAACCUGGGUGGGAUGGACCACCAGGACCAGCAGGAGACGUUGGACCCAAAGGCCUGAGAGGGGGUGACGGGGAGACAGGAAGCACAGGUCCCAGAGGAGAUGUGGGUCCUCCAGGAGCCCACGGGAGUCCAGGGGAUGACGGGAGACCUGGAGCAACUGGACCACCAGGACUCAAAGGGGAGACGGGUGUCGAUGGGACCAGGAGUGAUCCGGGGCCUCCUGGGCCUCCGGGGAACCGAGGAGAAACCGGACCCAAAGGAUUCCCGAUCGUUGUGGAGAUUUAUGGAGACCCUGGCGACCCUGGAGACCCUGGGUUUCCUUUCUGUCCCAGAACACCUUUCGGUCCUGCAAAUCCCGAAGAUCCGUCUGUCCCAUCGAAACCGGGCAGUCCCGGCUGCCCCACUUCCCCGUCCUCGCCCUUCUGCCCGACCCUCUGCAUGAUCCCAGGGUCGCCAACAGGUAUGCAGUACAUUCGUUGUCCCGCCAUCUUGCUUCUCGUGGCGCUGGCCCUGUGCGGUCCAGGCGUUUCCACCCAGCCCGACAGAGACCAGGACCAGAACCAGGACCAGGACCUGGAGCUGGAGCUGAUCCACCACAGGCUGCUGCAGAGAGCACGCAGCGCCGGACUUCUGUCACAAGAGUGGAGUAAACGUGCCUUGGAGGAUCUCCUCGCUCAGAUGGGUCUGCCUGAGGCCGGGGCCCUGCGGGACGCCGAGGUGGUAUCCAUGGAAACAGGAGGAAAGGUCAACCUGGAGCGGUCCGCCGAGAACCCAAACAACCUGCCCCCCCGCGAACGCAAAGGCUCUCUGGGACCAGCAGGAGGUGCAGGACUGAAAGGCUCUCGGGGACUUCCUGGAAAACCAGGUUUCCCAGGACCUCCAGGACUGCCGGGACUUCCUGGACAUGAAGGACCCCUCGGUCGCCCAGGACUCCCAGGAUGCAACGGGACAAAGGGGGAUGUCGGUUACCCGGGGUUUCCCGGGGUUUCAGGACCGGUCGGCUUUCAGGGGGCACCAGGACUGCAAGGUGUAAAGGGAGACCAGUCGCCCGUUCCCCUCUAUCUGGAUAUUAAAGGAACACCGGGACCAGGAGGAAGACCCGGACCAGAGGGACUGAGUGGAGACCCAGGUGAACCCGGCCUGCAAGGACCCCCAGGACCCGCUGGACUUCCUGGACUUCCCGGGUCAGCGGGGACCGCCGGAGAAAAGGGUCAGGAGGGGCCCAGUCCCGUGGUCCCGGGGCCCCGAGGAUUCCAGGGUGACCGCGGCCCCCCAGGGAUCCCUGGACCAAAAGGAAUCAAACUGUAUGCUGAAGGACCCAGAGAACUGAAGGGAGAACCAGGUGAAGUUGGAAUUAAAGGUUGUCAUGGACUUCUUGGGUUGCCGGGGAAACGGGGGGAUAAAGGCGCCAAGGGGGGCCCAGGUGAUCCUGGCUCACUGGGGAAACCGGGGAAGGACGGACUCCCAGGAGAUCUAGGAGAACAGGGAGACGCCGGGGAUUCUGGGUACCUCGGUCCUCCAGGCAUCGAAGGAGCCAGGGGAGAGAAAGGAGACCGGGGGGGUCCAGGUCUUCCGGGAGAGACGGUCUGGAUCCCGAGGUUUCUGCAGGGCCAGCGUGGGGUCCCCGGACCCCGAGGACCCCCAGGAGUCCCAGGAGAACAGGGACUCAUCGGGUUCCCUGGUCUCAUGGGCGUCCCAGGUGUGGCCCCCACGGGUCCACCGGGCCUCCAGGGGCCACCUGGCUCAACUGGAAGCAAAGGAGAAAUGGGAGAAUCGGGGCCCCUCACCGUCGGGCCCCCAGGACAGGACGGGGUCCCGGGAAGGCCUGGAGUCCAAGGAGAAAUUGGAGAACCAGGAAUACCAGAGUUCCUGCCGGGGGGUUCUGGUUCUCCUGGACCUAAGGGUCUAAAAGGCACCCUGGGGUUUCCUGGAAUGACAGGAGAGGAAGGACAAGAGGGUGAGAAGGGCGAGGUGUGCUUCGCCUGUUCACCUGUCCUCGGCGACCCCGGACCCCCGGGUCCACCAGGAGAGCCAGGUGAAGACGGGGUGGACGUCGCUCUGACUGGAGCUGGAAAUCAGUGGAUCAGGAACAAUUCGGUGAGCCCUGGUGACCCUCGUAUCCAGGGUAACCAAUCCCCCCAGGAAGUCCGUCGUAUCCAAGGUAACCAGCUUCACCCUGCAGAGGACGAAAACAGAGAGGGGGGGACUCAGGUGAACUCAGGUAGAGUCAGGUAG